AUGAACAAGGGUAAGAAAGGAGUCCCCUACCCCGAACCAGAGUCCCCAACCCCGAACCAGAGUCCCCUACCCCGAACCAGAGUCCCCUACCCUGAACCAGAGUCCCCUACCCUGAACCAGAGUCCCCUACCCCGAACCAGAGUCUCCUACCCUGAACCAGAGUCCCCUACCCCGAACCAGAGUCCCCAACCCCGAACCACAGUCCCCUACCCCGAACCAGAGUCCCCUACCCUGAACCAGAGUCCCCUACCCCGAACCAGAGUCCCCAACCCCGAACCAGAGUCCCCUACCCCGAACCAGAGUCCCCUACCCUGA